GACGUUUUACUAUAACACAAACUAAUCCUUCAAGUGGGGCUUGGAGGUGAGUCUGCCUGUUUUACAUUUAAGUAUUUUAUCUUCAUUCUAGCUGGUUGUUUGAGGCUGCAUUAGUCACACCGUAAUGCAAACACUUCAAGACAAAAUGAAGAGCCUGGAUGAGUCUCGAAGGAGCGAAGCAGGUGGCGAGAACAACAACCAGGAGCAAGAAAAUCAAUCGGACACAUCCCAUAAUAGGAGACCGCUCCUUUCUAAUCCAUGGAAACCGUGCAGACGGCACCAUGCUGUUGUCAAAGGGUGGCUGCUGAAGCUGAGGUGCUGCUUGGUAACAGUAUGUGGGACUGAGUGGUAUGGCUACGCUGCUCUGGGUAUUUUGACUGCCAUCCUCAGUUUCCUCAUGGACUUCAGUGUAGCAAAGCUGCUGAGAGCUCACCGCUGGCUUUAUACGAUGCUGGAAGGAAACAUUUUGCUGCAGUUUUUCUCCUGGACUCUUUACCCAGCAUGCCUCUGUGCUGUUUCAUCAUCGUUCUCCCACAACAUCUGCCCUUUCUCCACAGGCUCAGGGAUACCAGAGGUGAGAACCAUGUUGGCUGGCAUUGAAAUGCCUCAUUACUUGUCUCUCACUCAUUUGUUUACCAAGUUCCUGGGCCUCAUCUGUACACUGGCUGCUGGCAGCACUGUUUUCCUGGGCAAAGUGGGUCCAUUUGUGCAUCUUUCCACCAUGGUGGGAGCUUACCUGGGCAAUCUCUGCACGCUUAUCCAAGACAAGAAGAAGGAGAACGCAGUUGGAGAAAUGUUGGUUGUAGCUGCUGCAGUCGGGGUAGCCAGCUGCUUCGGAGCUCCCAUUGGCGGUGUGUUGUUCAGUGUGGAGGUGAUGAGUUCUCACUUCGCCCUGCGGCAUUAUUGCCCGGGCUUCUUCUCCGCUGCCUGCGGAGCGCUGACCUUCCGUCUUUUAGCAGUAUGGGGUGGAGAUGGAGAGACUCUUCAGGCCUUGUUCAAAACCAGUUUCCCCACUGCUUUACCUUUCUACCCGCUGGAGAUUCUGCUGUUUGCGUUCCUGGGGCUGCUGUGUGGGGCUGUGAGCUGCUGCUACCUCUUCUGCCAUCGGUGGAUCCUGCGUUUUACCAAAACAAACCCAUUCUUCAUUAAGAUGCUGAUGACAGAGAAGGGUCUGUACUCAGCCAUGGUGGCCUUCUUCCUGGCAUCACUGACGUUUCCCCAUUUUGCUGGUCAAUACAUGGCUUCUAAGAACACCAUGAAGGAACUCCUCACUUCGUUUCUGGAUAGCAGGCAGUGGAGCUCACAAUCCCACAAUGCCUCUGAGCAGCUGGAGCAGCCUUCGUUGGAGUGGACCUCAUCAGGGAUUCAUGUCUGCCUCUCUUUGGUGUUCUUUCUGCUCAUGAAGAUGUGGAUGUUGGUCCUCGCCUGCACUCUGCCUCUGCCAGCUGGAUACUUCAUGCCAGUGUUCGUCUAUGGGGCAGCUCUUGGCCGUUUGGUUGGAGAAGGAGCAGUUUAUUUGUCUCCUACUGGAGUAGCUUCAGGCCCACAGUGGGUGCCUGUAAACCCAGGAGGCUAUGCACUCGCAGGUGCAGCAGCCUUCUCUGGCGCUGUGACACACACUUUGUCCCCAGUUCUCGUGGCUAUAGAGUUGACAGGUCAGUUCAGCCACGCUGUACCCAUCCUAGUGGCAACUUUGCUGGCCAAUGCCGUGGCACGUUCUGGGCACCGCCCAUCUUUCUACGACGCCCUGUCUAUCAGCAAGAGGCUCCCGCACCUUCCCUCUCUGAAGAAGGCAUGUCCUCAACUUCCCUCCACGCCGGUCGGACAGGUUGUGGUGAAAUCAGUGGUGCUUCAGAAAGCAGCUGGGCCACUGGAGGUUGAGCGAGCUGUCAAAACCAGCACUGAAACACAAAUCCCUGUGGUAGACACCUGUGAGUCGCAGAUUUUGCUGGGUUUCGUCCUGCGAUCAGAGCUGCUGAUGUUCCUGCGUCACUGCGAGGCUGAGGGUCCGGAGAAACGUCUGGAUGAAGGAUGCAGCAUUCACUCAACCUCCAUCGUGUUAUCGCCUCACAAAACUGUUCAGGAGGCCCACAGUAUACUGAGCUUAGUCGGAUCCCAAACCUUGUUUGUUGCAGACAAAGGAAAGCUAGUUGGGCUCAUCACAUGGCCAGAGAUGAAGAGGAUAUUAGAGGACUUGGCCAAAGAAAUCUAAGCAACAUCCUCUUGUAAUUUCUUUUAAAUAAACAUGCAUCUCUGUCUGAUUAACUUGUAAAGACCAGUGUGUCCAAUAAUAUCAUUUCUGUAACAAUAUUUGCACACAAAACUAUACUGUUAUCAAGCUCCUGUGGAAAGCAUCUAUCAGAGCCUUUUAUCUUUCAUUUUUAUUUCUGUAAUUAGAAGGAUCUCAUCCAUUAAGGAGAUAACACACAGUCUCAUUUACUGCGCUGCACUUUGUCACACAAUAAAAUUGUAAGUACCAAGAAUAAUAUCCAGUGGGCAUAAUAACAAAAGCAUGUUAAAAAAAAAAUGUAUACUAGUAAUUACAAUGAAUCCCUGCUGUUGUGUUUUCCGGGUAAACCUCUCAGUCAGUAUCUGUUCAGUAUGUAU